UAAAAACAGAUGAGAAAGAGGGUUUCACAGUGGAGAGCGGAUCGAAGAAUCGAUACCUGGAAAGAACGUUGCUUCGUAUGGCCAUUGUUUGAGAAUAUUUUUGCUUUUCUGUCUGCUAAUAGCAAUAAUGUGCUCCUUGUCAGUAUCAAUCAGCACAUCAGUCAGCAGAACAAUUUGGUUGAAACAGUUUAAAAGCGACAGCAACUGCAUAAUGCGCCCCAGGUAAACUCCGCAAAGAUUUCACCUUCAUUUAAGGAAAAUUUUGCUUGCUAGACGAGUAUGAACAAAGAUAUUUGCUAACCUGGGGUUCUUGAAAUAUUAAUGCGUAAUUUAGCUACAUCCAAAGCCAAAGAGAGUUGCAAGAAACUCUGUGAAAAGUAUUGUUAGCUUUUCUCGAUUUUUUUGUUUUGUUAAAACGAUGUCGUCAGAAAUCAUGAAGGCAGAAAAGUGGAACCCAGUGCGAUGCACUUUAAGAAGAUCCUUAGGCCUUUUUGGCUGUCAUCAGUUCAGAGAAACGGCGCUUGCAUCGAAGUCAUUUGUCCAGAGGCUUGAACUGUCCUGUAAGUUGAAGUUCCACGAUGGAUGCGUGAAUUCAUUGAAUUUCAAUGACGAAGGGGAUCUAAUUGCUUCUGGAUCUGAUGAUUGCAAUGUUGCUGUCUGGAACUGGUUGCAAAAUACGAAGUCGCCACAAAUCUGGUAUGACAGUGGACACAACAGCAAUGUUUUUCAGGCCAAAUUCAUGCCUAACUCGAAUAACACUACUGUUGUUAGCUGUGCAAGAGAUGGACAAGUCAGAGUUGCCUUCUUAUCUCAUGCAAGCCAGUGUCAACAAACAAAACGAGUUGCACAGCAUAGAGGCUCUGCUCACAAGCUGUCCAUUGAACCUGGUUCACCUCACAUGCUUCUAACUUGUGGGGAAGAUGCUGUAGUGUUUAGUAUUGAUCUGAGAGACCCAAAACCAAAUAAAUUGUUUUGUUUGCACAAUAGCAAGCACAGGAAGGUGCCUUUGUAUUCAAUAUUUUUGAAUCCAACAAACUUGAAUGAGUUUGCAGUUGGAGGACGAGAUCAAUUUGCAAGAGUGUUUGACAGGAGAAGGGUUCUCGAGGAAAAGGAAAAUGGGAUUUUGAAAACAUUUUGUCCCGAUCAUUUGAAGGAACAAAGUGCCUGGCACGCCAACAUAACAUGCCUGGUCUAUAAUUACAAUGGCACAGAAAUUCUGGCAAGUUACAACGAUGAAGACAUCUAUCUUUUUGAUUCAACAAUGAGUGAUGGAGCAAAUUAUAUUCAUCGUUACAAGGGACAUCGCAACUCUGCAACAGUUAAAGGGGUGAACUUCUUUGGCCCGAAAAGCGAAUUUAUAGUCAGUGGCAGUGACUGUGGUCAUGUUUUCCUGUGGGACAAAAGCACUCAAGACAUUGUGCAAUUUCUUGAGGGAGAUGAAGCUGGAGUGGUUAAUGUUCUUGAGCCACAUCCUACCAGCUGUAUCUUAGCAACGAGUGGCCUUGACCAUGAUGUCAAAGUAUGGGCUCCAACUGGCAAGGCAACUGAUCUCGAUGGCCUAGGAAAGCAAGUGAAAGAGAAUGACGACGAGAGACAUUCUGAGGCCACCAGAUCCGCCAGUCCAUUUGAUGAAAGAUUGCUGUUCAUGAUGUUCAGACGGUUUCGAAGACGACAGAUUCGUGCACACGAGCGGAGACAAGCUAGAGAAAGACUCGACGGUGAGGAGGCGCAAAGUGAAAGUAGCGAAGAUGAUGAUGAUGAUGACGAUGAUGAAGACGAGGAUGACCUAAGUGAAAGUGACACUGACUCUGAGGAGGAGCCUGCCACAGUGCAAUGCGCACCUUCGUGAGCUGCUUGCUGACUUGUAUUGGGAUGUAGCAUAGUUAUCAUUAUAGAUCCUCAAAAGAUCGCAUUAGCAAUUGGUAGAACACGGUGCUUGCCUCAGCGCGGCACUGCCUUUCGGGAAAUUUGGUACUGAGAUUACGCUAAGCUUUUACUAAGCUGCAUUGAGAUAUUAAGCUUGAAUGCAAAAUCUUUAAAUCAUUUCGCAAGAUGUACCUCUGAAAUUAAAAGUUAAUGUCACUUUCACGCUAUAACUUCCUGAUUAUUGCCCGGUAUGAUUUCAAUUAAAAGUUUAUAGUAAAUCGGUUUGAUCAGCGUUGUCACUUUUUAUAGAAUGCCUAACUGUAGGAGUUGAAAAAACGUAAUUGAAAAAAACGUAAGUUCAGAAAGGCUAUUUUGCUGCACCAUUCUGCAUGAAUCCAGGAGCGCGGGCUGUGGAACGCAAGAGUUACUGUAGGCUGUUGUAAGUAUAUUUAGAAAUCUUGCAGUUGCUUGGACAAAAAUGUGAUUAGUCGCUGUGUAGAGUUGUAUUGCAAUAAAUUGUUUAUUUGGUUU